AUGGAGAGACAAUGUAUGGAAUUUAUUGAUGUUGACGAAAUGGAACUGUUUAUGAGCAGAUAUCUGGUAACGGUUUAUGACGAUCGGCUUUAUAUUAGGAGGGAUCAUAUGCAAACUUUAUCUGCGAUAAAUAAGUUGUCAAAUGUAUCGUUUGAUUCGAUUUUGCCUGAUGAUUUCAUCUCCAUUGUAUUUGAAUAUAUGAAAAGACAAGAUAAGAAAUUAUUGCAUACUCCCGAGCAGUCCUCAUCAGUCUUAUCAAUAAAAUGUGGUGGCUGUAAACGGUUAACAUUACUUGAUAGUUUUCCAUACAUCACUGUAUGUUUUCUCGAUGAUGACGCAUCCGAUACACUUUCACCUUCAUUGAAAAGCUGUUUAAAUGUGAUGCAUUGCUUGUUAUCAUUAGCAGUUUCGCUGCAUGAUCCAUGGAGCACAACGCGAUUGCUCAACAAAGUGUGUCCUAAAGUCUUACCAGCUUUACGGCGUAGUGCACAAGCAUCGAUGGGUUAUCUUGAUAUUAUGUCGGUACUGAUUUCGUAUGUUAUGACAGCACCGGUUGAAGGUGAUUGCAAUGUUGAUGUCGAGCUUCAUGCUAAUUUUCCAGUGUUGAAAAAACUUGUUGAUACAGUGAUAACAAUGAAUGAGACGCUACAGAGUGGUACACAGUCGAAUCAAGCAGUUAAAUCUGCACUUCAAAUAGCUGCUGAAUUCAUGGUUAUCAUACCGAACUACACCAAUCCCUCUGUUAUUAAUAAAAUGAUCAUUUAUCUCAAUAAGAAUAUUGAACAGAUAUCAGCUAAUUUCGCAGCGAUAAGUUCUACAAUUUGGAACAAUGAAUAUCAAACGAAAACACCCAAUCAAACAGAUGCGUAUGUGAUAGCUGUUUCUCUUUGUGAUCGGCUUACAUGUCUCAAUGUUGCUGAAGAUAUCGGAGUUGUUUCACCAUUGUUUAAAACUCCAAACAAUAAAGCUGUAUCGAAUCCAUUGACUCCUCUUAAUCAAAAAGUAGUUGCAGAAGAAACAACUCCAGACAUGCAGGAAAGGCGUAUUGCUAAUUUUAUCAACAUCGAUACACCAAUAUCUCGAUCUUUGGAUAAAGUGGAAAUGUUUAACAAUCCUACUGCUUCACUAAAGGAAAAUAUUCUUGCUAUUCCGAAAAACUCGGAAAGGAAAAAUUUCCCUAAAGCUUUGAUAUCGAUAUCUAAGAAAAAAGAAUUGCCAUGUGGGAAAUUGAAUCCUUUUACUGAUGUAAAAUAUCGAAAAUGUAAGAAGAAAGAUGUCAAGGGUCAAACAAAAAUUACUAAUUUUUUCAAAAAAUAUUCAUGA